AUGGUUGUCAUCUUAUUCUUUCUUCUUCUCUUUACAAAUUUUCUGGCAACAACUCAACAGGGGCAUUCCAGUAUAAGUCUAGACUCUUCUCUAAGUCCCACUGGAAACUCCUCCUGGCUGUCGCCUUCUGGUUUAUAUGGUUUCGAAUUCUAUCAGCGAGGAAAUGGCUUUUCUUUGGGAGUUUUUAUCGCAGGAAUACCUCAAAAGACUGUUGUUUGGUCAGCGAAUCGCGACAAACCUCCAGUUCCAGGAAAUGUUACCUUGCAUCUUGCGGGUGGUGGAAGUCUCAUGCUACAAUCAGCUGAUUGCCAAGAAGCAUCCAUUGUAACUACUUCUGUACCUAUUGCAAAAGCAUCCAUGUUUGAUUCAGGGAAUUUUGUUCUCUAUAAUUCUGCAGAAGGGAUAAUAUGGCAGAGUUUUCGGAACGCCACUGAUACGAUAUUACCAGGUCAAGGUCUCUUGGCAAGGGAAGAGCUGUACUCAAGUGUGUCAGAAACUGACCAAUCGACGGGGAGCUUUCGUCUUACGAUGCAAGGCGAUGGAAAUCUGGUGCAGUACCCAAAGGAUGCUCCAUAUGAAGGACCAUAUUGUUAUUAUUCAUCUUCUACGCCUCAAAAUGGUGAUAAUGUCAAUGUGUCACUGAACCUUGAUGUUGAUGGCCAUCUUUACCUGCGUAAUUCUACUGGCUUCAUUUUAAAAGAUCUUACACCAAGAGGCAUCUACAAAGAAACAUUCUAUUUGAUGAGAAUUGACUCGGAUGGGAUCUUCCGAUUGUAUUCAUUCACGUUAAAUCAGAGCAAUCCGUCAGCUAUAUGGGCUUCUUCGGCUGACAAGUGUUCCCCAAAGGGUCUUUGUGGCGUAAACAGGUAUUGUGUUCAAAAUGAUCAAGAAAUUGGGUUUGGGUGUCAAUGUCUUCCAGGAUUUGCAUUUAGUAAAGAGGGCUGUAGAAUUUCAGGAAGCUGUCAAAAGAAUUUCUCGAUCGAGAGUUGUGAAAGCAAGGAUGGAAACAUCAUGUACACUAUUGAGAGAGUUGCAAAUACCAUAUGGGAGGACUCUUCAUAUUCCAUUGUGUCAUUACCAAACAAUGAAGAAUGUGAAAAGGCAUGCUUGGAAGAUUGUAUAUGUGUAGCUGCAAUAUUCAAAGAUGGAAAGUGCAAAAAGCAAAAGCUUCCUCUGAGAUUCGGAAGAAAACUUAAUGAUGAGUCAAACAUAGCUCUCAUCAAAGUAGGAGUUGAGGAUAAAAGAAGCAAGAAAGAGCGCCGGGAAGAUUUAGUAAUUGUCAGUGUUUCACUUCUUAUCUUUGCAUUCAUUAUUUUUAUAAUUUUUGGAGUCCUUGUUUUCAGGAAUCGAGUUCAUGCAUAUAAAAGGAUUACAAAAAAAAUUCGGUUAGACGAGGAUUUCAAACAAAAUUCGGGUCUAAAAUCAUUUACUUACUUGGAGCUAUUGAAUGUGACUAACAAUUUUACUGAAGAGAUCGGUAGAGGAGCAUUUGGGACAGUUUUCAGGGGGGAAAUAUCUCAUAAUCAGAAGGUGAUAACUGUUAAGAGACUAGAAAGAGUUUCAACUGAUGGAGAAAGAGAAUUUCAGACUGAGAUGAAAGCAAUUGGGAAAACUCAUCACCGGAACUUAGUCUGCCUACUUGGCGACUGCCACGAGGGGCCUAACCGGCUCUUGGUAUAUGAGUACAUGAGCAAUGGGUCACCUGCAGGUCUGCUCUUUACACCAGAAAAGCAACCAGGCUGGGAUCAAAGGAUGGAUAUUGCUCGCAACAUAGCAAAAGGUCUCCUCUACCUUCACGAAGAUUGUGAAACCCGGAUUAUCCUUUGUGAUAUAAAGCCUCAGAACAUUCUCAUAGAUGAGCAUAAUUGUGCAAAAAUAUCAGACUUCGGAUUGGCUAAACUUCUGAGGCCUGACCAGACUAGAUCACUUACAGGGAUUAGAGGAACAAGGAGAUAUGUUGCUCCAGAAUGGCAUAGAAAGCCACCUGUAACAGUCAAAGUAGAUAUUUACAGUUUCAGAAUCGUACUAUUGGAGAUCAUAUGUUGUCGAGGAUGUGUUGAUUGGACCCUACCUGAGGAGGAAGCUAUUCUUGAAGAAUGGGUUUACCAUUGUUUUCAGGCUGGUGAGCUGGAAAAAAUUGUGGGUGGUGAAGAAGUUGACAAACUGCAGUUGGAAAGGAUGGUUAAAGUAGGACUUUGGUGCUUCCAAUACGAGCCAUCACUCCGUGCUUCAAUGAAAACAGUUGUAUUGAUGUUGGACGGCAUAGCAGAUAUCCCAUUUCCUCGAAAUCCUACUUCUUUUUCUUAG